AUGUUGCAGAAUGAUUAAAUAUUUAUAUUUCUUCUCAAAUCAUUGGAUGUAGUCUAAACAAAAAUCAGUGUGUUAAGAAAGUUACAAAACAAUUAAUUUAGAAAAGCAAAGAAAAUAAGUAUGCUACUGGAUAAUCUGGGUAAUACACUUAAUAAUAAAACUAGAUCGAAAUAGUAGUAAUUUUAAGCCUCAGCCAUUUUGUUGUUUGAUAUAAUAAAUGAAUAAUUUUAAAUGUAGAAUUAUUUUCACUGCUAGCACUUAGAAUAAGUACAUUCAAGUAUUCAAAUAAGGUAACUACAUGCUAACUCUCAUGUUUAUAUCCAUAAAAAAAAUAUUAAAUUGA